ACCGAGGCAAAAGCAUCCCUGUAAUGUGUUCGGAGAGACAAGAUUAUGAUAUUUGCUUUCCUUCCUUUCGCAUUUUAUGAGUGAUUUAUUAUUGUGAAUCGAUUUCUGUUCCUCCAGUUGGUCUCCAUUCUUUGCAAUUAUUUUUGCAUCAUGGAUGAAUUUGUUAUCUCAUAAAUAUUUGAGCAUUGUCCAAAUAAUUUUCUUGCAGGAGUUUUCUAGUCAUUGAGUGUCAUGGAUGAUCCAAAAAGACAUAGGAUUUUGAUGGUCUCUGAUUUUUUUUACCCUAACUUUGGUGGCGUGGAGAAUCACAUUUAUUAUCUUUCUCAAUGCUUGCUUAAGCUUGGUCACAAGGUGGUGGUUAUGACUCAUGCUUAUGGUAAUCGUUCUGGGGUGAGAUAUAUGACUGGUGGCCUGAAAGUUUACUAUGUACCUUGGAGACCAUUCCUAAUGCAAAACACAUUACCUACUGUUUAUGGAACACUUCCCAUUAUAAGAAAUAUUCUAAUUCGGGAAAAAAUAUCAUUAGUGCAUGGACAUCAAGCAUUUUCAACUCUUUGUCAUGAAGCAUUAAUGCAUGCACGCACAAUGGGGUACAAAGUUGUAUUCACUGAUCAUUCACUUUAUGGUUUCGCUGAUGUGGGAAGUAUACACAUGAACAAGGUAUUGCAAUUUACUUUAGCAGAUGUUAGCCAAGCCAUCUGUGUUUCUCAUACCAGUAAAGAAAACACAGUUCUCCGGUCCGGGCUGCCACCUGAAAAGGUCUAUGUCAUACCAAAUGCUGUUGACACAGCUAUGUUCAAGCCUGCCCCUGAGCGACUUGGGAGUGCUGAGAUUGUUAUAGUUGUGAUAAGUAGAUUGGUUUAUCGAAAAGGUGCAGAUUUACUCGUUGAAGUCAUCCCUGCAGUAUGCCAUUUGUAUCCCAAUCCUUUUAUACGUGAUGGAGAACUUGAAGAUGCCUGCAUGGGCAAGAUUAAGGCUUUAGAAAUAUUGGCUCAAUUUAAGGUUCGUUUCAUUAUUGGAGGAGAUGGCCCUAAACGGGUGCGGCUAGAAGAGAUGAGGGAAAAGCAUUCUCUUCAAGAUCGUGUUGAAAUGUUGGGUGCUGUUCCACAUUCUCAAGUGCGGUCUGUCUUAAUUUCUGGCCACAUAUUCUUAAACAGCUCUUUAACAGAAGCAUUUUGCAUAGCGAUACUGGAGGCUGCUAGUUGUGGGUUAUUAACAGUCAGUACACGCGUUGGAGGUGUCCCUGAGGUUCUGCCAGAUGACAUGGUUGUCCUUGCCGAGCCAGAUCCUUCUGAUAUGGUUCAAGGAGUCAAGAAAGCAAUAUCCAUGGUCCCCAAGAUUGAUCCACAAGUUAUGCACCUUCGUAUGAAAGAACUGUACAGUUGGCAUGAUGUUGCCAAACGGACAGAGAUAGUCUAUAACCGUGCCUUGAGGUGCUCAAAUCAGAAUCUGCUGGAUCGACUCUCACGGUAUCUUACAUGUGGCUCUUGGGCAGGCAAGCUUUUUAUCUUGGUUAUGAUAAUUGAUUUCUUGUUAUGGCGCCUACUGCAACUAUGUCAGUCCACAGAGGAUAUUGAAGAGGUGCCAGAUAUCAUGUUACCCGAUUGUCACCAUGGACAGCUGUCACAGGAUUUCAACGACAAUCAAAGCUUUAGAUGAUUUUGAGAUUUCAAGUGUUCUACUAGUUUGUGGUUUACUGCCAACUCUUUGCUGUCACUAAUUGAUACAGGUUAGAGUUUUUGCUGCCCUCCCUGUGUCCAUGUGAGGUUUUCGAAAAAUUAUUCUCUGUUCCUUUUAUUGCUACCUGAUUUCAUUUUACUUUAUUUCUAAUCAUUCUGCUAAUGUUGAUAAUAAGCCUUAGUUCAAGUGAGGAGGCUGUUUUUGAAAAGAUUAAAAGAAUUGUUUGCAUGAAGCCUGCAAUGCAGAGAGUGAGCGGGUUUGUUAUAAAAUUAUUUUUACACGGUUGUCAAAAUACCUCAGCAAGAACCAAAUAUUAGGGAUUCUAGGAUUCAGGCAACGGCAGUACACCGCCCUUCAAGUAGUUUUCGGAAGAAUUUAGCAUGUGACAGAACUUGGAGGGACAAGUUCUCUGUUAUUGAUUUUCUUUCUUUUUGGUUGGGAGUUUGUUUAGAGUGACGGGUUACUUCACUGUUACUGCUAGUUUUUAGCUGGUUUGAUGUAAUUAGUUGAUGUUCUAUGAAGCAUUUCUAGCUGAGGUUUCCACACAAUUAUCAUUAUCCAUGCGAGAAACAAAAUGUCAUUUCGAUUAGCUCUCUUCCACAUGCUGCCCUGAAAAAAUUUAGCGCCCAAAAGUUUGAAGUGGUGGCAUGUUACUUACCUGCCUGAUGUCAAGACACUUGGUUGAGCUGUGAAAACAUUGUCGCGUGUGCAGCAACCAUCCCCAUUCUCAUCGAAUGAUAGGCUGCCAUUUCCUAUUAUCAGUUACAUUAUAAAUAAUGUUAUUCUUUAUUUAUUUAUUAUUAUUAAAUAGAACCCCAUAGACACCUACAUAAUAUUGUCUUAUGGUCGAUUGCAGAUCUGCAGUCGUGCACUUUCCAGUGAAACUGGUGAUUAAACAAGGAAUGUUGCCAAUAAUGAAGAUGACACAGUUUGGAUUUCAUUGCGAGGUUCCACUUUUAUCUGGAGCUGGAAGAGGUUUCUUUUAUUAAAUAUAUGUUUAAAAAAAAAAAAAAUCGACCCUAGUUCCCACUAGAUUGGAUCCGUUGUGUAUAUAUAUAUAUAUAUAUAUAUAUAUAUAUAUAUAUAUAUAUAUAUAUAUAUAUUUUUUUUUUUUCUGCUGUUCUGCAUGAUCUCGAACUUGCUCAAUGCCGAAAAUUUUGAUAAUUUUAUUAAAUAUGAUGAGAAUUAAAUUUA